UGCUGGAUCCAUCCCUUUAACACAUGAGGUGGAAGUGAGUGGAGGCUGCAGCCUGAGCUCAGCUGGACUUAGUUCGUGCAGAGCUGCAGACGCGGACAGGACGCUGCUGCUGCUGAAGAGGACGAACAGAAGAGAAGAGAAGAGGAGCAAAGAAACCAAACAAACAGGAGGAAGAGGCGUCCGAGCCAUUUCCGUGUUGUCGCGUUCACACCGGCAGAUGCUAAAGUAACCUUUAGGGUGCAGGGUCAGAGGAAGAGGGACUCCUGUGUCAGAGUUUUAGGAUGGCCAGUGAAGGCUCCACUCUUCCUAGCCCCGUGGUCCGCCAGAUUGAUAAGCAGUUCUUGAUCUGUAGCAUAUGUCUGGACCGCUACGAGAACCCUAAAGUACUGCCCUGCCUGCACACCUUCUGUGAGAGGUGCCUGCAGAAUUACAUCCCAGCCCACAGCCUCACACUCUCGUGCCCCGUGUGCCGCCAGACCUCGAUCCUGCCGGAGAAGGGUGUGGCGGCAUUGCAGAAUAACUUCUUCAUUACCAACCUGAUGGAUGUGCUGCAGCGCGAGCCGGGCAACUGCAGCCAGGAGGCCGCCGCUCUCAACAACAUCACUGCUGUGGCUACAGGACAACUGCUGUCCUGCCCCAACCAUGGAGGCAAUGUCAUGGAGGUCUACUGUCCUCCCUGUGAGACAGCCAUGUGUCAGGAGUGUGCAUGUGGAGAACAUGGAGAACAUCCCACUGUUCCUCUUAAAGACGUCGUGGAACAACACAAGGCGUCAUUACUAAAGCAGCUGGACGCCGUGAAGAAGAGGUUGCCAGAGAUCGACUGCGCCCUGCAGACGCUGUCAGAGAUCCUGCAGCAGCUGACCAAUCAGAAGAGCUCAAUCGAAGAUAACAUCCAUAUGACGUUUGAUGAGCUGCAGAAGACACUCAACGUCCGAAAGAGUGUCUUGCUCAUGGAGCUGGAGGUCAACUACGGCCUGAAGCAAAAGGUGCUGCAAGCCCAGCUGGACACUCUGCUGCAGGGUCAAGAGAGCAUCAACAGCUCCUGCAACUUCACAGAGCAGGCUCUGAGCCACGGCACCGAGGCCGAGGUGCUGCUGGUGAAGAAGCAGAUGAGCGAGCGCCUCGUGGAGUUGGCCAGACAGGAACUUCCUCUGCAGCCCGGAGAGAACGACCAGCUGGACUUCCUGGUAGAGACUGACGGACUGAAGAAGUCCGUCCAUAAUAUGGGAACUAUUGUAACCACCAAUGCUGUGGCAUCUGAAUCCGUGGCCACCGGUGAGGCGUUACGGCACUGUGUGGUGGGCGUUCCCACCUCCAUCACCGUAACCACUAAGGACAAAGACGGAGAACUGUGCAAGAUGGGUAACGCGGUCAUCACUGCUGAGAUCUCCUCACCUGAUGGCAGCAAAGGCGAGGGAGAGAUACUGGACAACAAGAACGGCACUUAUGAAUAUUUGUUCACAGCCCCGAAAGAGGGGACCUUUAACUUAUCCCUGCGUUUAUAUGACCAACAUAUCAAAGGAAGCCCCUUCAAGAUAAAGGUCAUCAAGUGUAUAGAUGUAUCACAGACUUCCGAUGGCAUGAAGAAAAGACUGAAGUCUCCAGGUAGUGGGCACAUAAAGCAGAAGGCCAUCAAGAGGCCGGCCAGUAUGUACAGCACAGGGAGGAGGAAAGAGAACCCCAUCGAGGACGACCUCAUCUUCAGAGUCGGCACUAAAGGCAGAAACAAAGGGGAGUUUACUAAUCUGCAGGGAGUCGCCGCCUCGUCUCUGGGGAAGGUGCUGAUCGCUGACAGCAACAACCAGUGUGUCCAGGUUUUCUCUAACGAAGGCCAGUUCAAAAGUCGUUUCGGUAUCCGGGGAAGGACGCCGGGUCAGCUGCAGCGGCCGACAGGCGUGGCCGUCCACCCAAACGGUGACAUCAUCGUUGCUGACUACGACAACAAAUGGGUCAGCAUCUUUUCAAGUGAAGGGAAGUUUAGGAGCAAAAUUGGCUCGGGGAAGCUGAUGGGCCCUAAAGGUGUGUCCGUAGACAGGAACGGCCACAUCAUCGUGGUCGACAACAAGGCCUGCUGCGUCUUCCUCUUUCAGCCCAACGGCAAGCUGGUCACCAAGUUCGGUAACCGUGGCAAUGGUGACAAGCAGUUUGCAGGUACACUCAAUGGUCCUCACUUUGCUGCUGUCAACAACAACAAUGAAAUCAUUGUGACGGAUUUCCACAACCACUCAGUCAAGGUUUUUAACACGGAAGGAGAAUUCUUGCUGAAGUUUGGUUCCAACGGCGAAGGCAAUGGCCAGUUCAACGCCCCCACAGGAGUGGCAGUGGAUGUUAAUGGGAACAUCAUAGUGGCAGACUGGGGAAACAGCAGGAUACAGGUGUUUGAUGGCAGCGGCUCGUUCCUCUCCUACAUCAACACAUCAGCAGAUCCCCUGUACGGCCCACAGGGAUUGGCUCUCACUUCUGACGGACAUGUCGUGGUCGCCGACUCCGGCAACCACUGUUUCAAAAUCUACCGGUACCUGCAGUAGCAGUAGAACCUCCGCAGGUCGCAGCAGUGCACUGUUGUACAGUGUGCACGAACACACAUUAGUAUGGAGCGACUGGCAGAUAUUUGCACUCAGUCAUUCUUCUUUGAAUCGUGUCGUCUUUGUGCCACUUGUUUCACUGUUCUCCACGUGUGACGCUGAGGAAACGACGCAGAGAAUUUCUUCUGUGUGUGUGUGUGUGUGUGUGUGUGUGACGUGAAUGAAGCAAAAGAACGUCUAACCUUUUCACUGAUUUCUUACAUAAACCUUUAAUAUUGUACAUACAGUAUGUUAGACAUUGACUUUGUUGUGACACGGCAGGAAAACGGGAAAAUAAGGGUAUUGCACUUGUACUGGUUGAGCACUGUGUUAAGUGAAACUGACUUAAACAUCAUCAACAAUAGACAUGUGGAAUAAAUAUCAUCUAAAUAUUAUCUCAAACUAAAGCCAGAAAAACAAAUAGUUAUCAGCAUAGUUUUUAGUCUUUAUAGCUUUUGUUUUUCAUGUUUUGUGUCACUAAUAAACUAACAGUGUUAAUAAUGAGAGAAAAAAACACAUGUCAACAUGAUGUGAAAGCUCAACAAAAAGAAAAAAAAUUAAAGCUCAUUGAUUAUUAUAUAAUUGUUUUAACAUUGAAUACAUUUAUUUUUCUUCAGUGUGAGGAUGCUGGAAGUUAGGAUACGCUGUCAUAUCCUGCCAUGGGGAAAAUUAAGUGUAAAAUGAUUAAGAAAUCUGCAGCUUUCUGCAAUACGCUCUUUACAUUUUGCCUGCACAGUUUAAAAAAAAAAAAAAAAAUAGAAUUAGAAACAGCAGUAGCAGGGUGUUCUUAGGCAUGAUUAGGCAUCUCUCUGCAUGAUAAUGUUAGUCAUUUAAACACCUGAAAAUCUAAUGUGCACAAAUUGUUUCUAACACUUAAAUGUCACCAAAAGACGCAUUAAAAGGGGACACUGUUUUAAAUCAGUCAGGUUAUGUGGUGAUCAUUUCUGUUUAACUGGUUUUACAAAAAAAACUGUGUGCUUGUGUGAAGACGUGUGAAUGUAUGCGUGUGUGUGUUAUUAAAGUACCAAACUUCAGUGACUUGUGUAUGUGUGUGUGUGAAGGCUCUUGACAUUACAACUGUGAUUAAAUGCAAAACAUCUUAGAAUUAGCUGCAGAAUUUUGAACUCAUGUUUAAUCCAACGACAUCAGAUGCAGAACCGUCGUCACCUUCACUCCUUUUCAUGUGCUCUUAUGUCUGUCAAAACUAAACCUGUAGAACUGCUAACAAGUUUUUCUCUUAUAUGUAGUUCAACAGUUGAAGUGUGUGUUGUGUGUAUAUAUACACAAUCCACUGUGCUACCAAUUUUAAAGCCUUGGUCAGGAAUUGUUUGUCUUUAUGCACAGUUUUCAUUAGGAAUCCUGAAUCUAGUUGUUAAUUUUAUACACAAAUCUUGUUAAAUUAUUUGUUUUCCAUUGUCUUGUUUGUAUUUGUAAUGCCAAAUGGAAUAAAAGUGCCCAUAGAAGAGGAAGAA